UAAUGGUAUGGACAGUAUAUGUAGCCCGUGUGCUUGCGUGAAUGGCAGUAGUCCUCGACAAGCGCUUAGUGAAAUAUCAUUAGGAACGUGCUCGCGGAUUCGCAUAUAAUACGUUUUAUCGUUUAAGAAAAUUUCUCAAAUUCAAAGUGAAAAAUAUAAAAGUAUAAAAAGAAACGUCUUUUUUCUUUUAAUAAAAUCUUUUUAAUAAUUUCAAUGAUGAAAAGAAGAAAGUCCAACCAUAUGACUCAUUUCUCGCCAAUGGUUCCUUUCUUCAUUUUAAUAUGCAGUUGUUUAUUGGUCAGAUCUACAAAAGUUGAAGAUAUUUAUUACAGUUCAUUCUCGCGUCGUCCCAACAUUAUCGUCAUUAUAGCCGAUGAUCUUGGAUGGAACGAUAUAAGUUUCCAUGGAGCAGAUCAAAUACCUACGCCAAACAUAGAUGCUUUGGCUUAUAAUGGUGUGAUUUUACAAAGGAAUUACGUAUUACCCACGUGUACACCUUCGAGAACGGCUUUUUUAACCGGACGUUAUCCCAUUAGACAAGGUAUGCAAGGUUAUCCAUUAAAAGCUGGCGAACAACGUGCCAUACCAGAAAAGUUUAAACUGUUACCCGGAUAUCUUAAAGAUUUGGGAUAUGCGACUCAUCUUGUUGGAAAAUGGCACGUAGGAUAUUACGCGCCAAAAUAUACACCAGCUAAUCGAGGCUUUGAUACAUUUUUUGGCUAUUACAAUGGUUGCAUUGAAUAUUUCAACCAUACCGUCACAGAGUUGCAAUAUAAAAAACACACGGGAAAUGAUUUACAUUGUGACAAACCAAAGAAACUUUCUCCUGAAUUUAGAACCGGUUAUUUCACCGAUCUUAUAACUGAGGAAGCUGAAAAAAUAAUUUCCACGCAUAAUCCGGCUAAACCGUUGUAUCUUCAAAUAGCUCAUCUUGCCUGUCAUUCCAGUGGUCUUGACAACGGCGAUGAAUUGCAAGUUCCAGAUUUGAACAAAGUUAAUACCGAUUUUGGUUAUAUCAAAGAUAUGAAUAGAAGAAAAUUCGCUGGUGUGCUAAAUGCUCUUGAUCAGUCUGUAGGCCGAGUAGUAGAUGCAUUACAAAGGGCUAAACUGUUGGAAAAUUCGAUAAUUUUAUUUACCAGUGAUAACGGAGCACAAACCGAAGGGUUCCUGAAAAAUCAUGGAUCGAAUUAUCCGUUACGAGGGAUGAAGUUCACUAUGUUCGAAGGAGGUGUUCGAGUACCCGGUUGUAUCUAUUCGCCAUUAAUAAGAAGACCUUCUAGGAUUUAUAAUCAUCUAAUUCAUAUAACAGACUGGUUACCAACAUUAUAUUCGGCUGCCCGUGGUAAUGUUUAUUAUAUGAAAGAUUUUGAUGGUAUUGAUCAAUGGAAUACAAUUAGGAAUGAUAAACGGAGCAAGCGAAAUUCUCUUCUGGUAAAUAUCGAUGAGAAAAUCGGCGAGGAAUCUGCUAUUAUUGGAAAAUACAAGCUGAUCAAACGUAAAACUAUUAAUAAUGGGAAUUAUUAUGGCGAUGAUGGCGUAGAUGAUUCAUAUCCAAGAUAUAACGUAACAAAUGUUAUGUCUUCGCUCGUAGCUCGUGCCAUUUCAAUUAUUUCCAAUAAUAAAUUAACAGAGGAUAAAAUCAAAAGCCUUCGUCAGAGUAUCAAGAUAUCUUGCAAACAUCCGACCGACUUAAGAAAUUGUACGAAGGAUUGUUUAUACAACAUUUUUGACGAUCCAUGCGAAACUAAGGAUAUUUCUGAGUAUUAUCCGAAGAUCGUGACCAAAUUACAUAAAUACAUCGAUGGGUAUAGAAAAGUUCUUGUGCAGCAAACGAAUUAUCCCCUUGAUCAAGCUUCUUUUCCUGAAAACUUUAAUGGCACAUGGAUGCCUUGGCUAGAAGAUAAUUUAAAUCUAAUACCACAGAAUUAUAUUUCAUGUCAAGAAUUUCUAUGUGGCGUGCCAUCGCUAAUAGUGUGACUCUCGAUAAAAUUUUCCUCGAGUUGAUGUAUCUCGAUAAUAAAUCAUAUUUCCUCUAUAAAA